GGAGGCGGGGCCAGGCCCGAGCCGGGGCAGGUCAUCAAUGGGCAGGCGAGAAAGCGGGGAUCGGCCAGCGCCGAGGAGCGGGGCGGGACCGGUCGGAGUAGGAGCGGUCCCUGCGCCAGGGGGCGGGGCUUACUCAGAGCACCCGCCGGCCACCUGGUUCUGUCCCAGUUGGAGUGGCCCGAGGCUGUCGGUUCCCUCUGCUCCGGUAGCUCUGGCGGAGUCUGCGCGAUGGGAGACCCGGAAAGGCCGGAAGCGGCCAGGCCCCAGCCAGAGGAGAGGUUAUCUUCAGAUACCAAUGAACAUGAAGCAAAGUCAGAUGAAGAGCCGCUCCUGAGAAAGAGCUCUCGUCGAUUCGUCAUCUUUCCAAUCCAGUACCCUGACAUUUGGAAAAUGUAUAAAAAGGCACAGGCGUCCUUCUGGACGGCGGAAGAGGUUGAUUUAUCAAAGGAUCUUCCUCACUGGAACAAGCUUAAAUCGGAAGAGAAGUAUUUUAUCUCUCACAUCUUAGCCUUUUUUGCAGCCAGUGAUGGAAUUGUGAAUGAAAAUUUGGUGGAGCGCUUUAGUCAGGAAGUACAGGUUCCAGAGGCUCGCUGUUUCUAUGGCUUUCAAAUUCUCAUCGAGAAUGUUCACUCAGAGAUGUACAGUUUGCUAAUAGACACUUACAUCAGAGAUCCCAAGAAAAGAGAAUUUUUAUUUAAUGCAAUUGAAACAAUGCCAUAUGUUAAGAAAAAAGCAGAUUGGGCCUUGCGGUGGAUAGCAGAUAGAAAAUCUACUUUUGGGGAAAGGGUGGUGGCCUUUGCCGCUGUAGAAGGAAUUUUCUUCUCGGGAUCUUUUGCUGCUAUAUUCUGGCUAAAGAAAAGAGGACUCAUGCCUGGACUCACUUUUUCCAAUGAGCUCAUCAGCAGAGAUGAAGGGCUUCACUGCGACUUUGCUUGCCUGAUGUUUCAAUACUUGGUAAAUAAGCCUUCGGAAGAAAGGGUUAGGGAGAUCAUUGUUAAUGCCGUUGAAAUUGAGCAGGAGUUUUUAACAGAAGCCUUGCCAGUUGGCCUCAUUGGAAUGAAUUGCGUUCUGAUGAAACAGUAUAUUGAGUUUGUAGCUGACAGAUUGCUUACAGAACUUGGAUUCUCAAAGGUUUUUCAAGCAGAAAAUCCCUUUGAUUUUAUGGAAAACAUUUCCUUAGAGGGAAAAACAAAUUUCUUUGAGAAACGAGUUUCAGAGUAUCAGCGUUUUGCAGUUAUGGCAGAAACUACAGAUAAUGUCUUCACCUUAGAUGCAGAUUUUUGAAACCCUCCCCAUAUCGAAACUAAUCAUUGUCUAGGAGCGGAGAUUCUGGAAUCUGCACCUGGGUGGACCCUGAGAGCCAGGUGUUCGAGUCUUCAGUGAAAGGGAAGUACUGUCUGGAGGACAAGGUGACAAGGAGGAGAGAGGAGCUGAGCUGAGUUGUGAGUCUCAGAAGAGCACAAUUGUUUCAAAAGAAUGUGGUGUCCGAGGCCUGUAUAAUCAGUUGGUAAUAAUAAAAAAAAAACAGCUGUCCUUGCUUUACGUGACCUUUUUAGGUGACUUGUGCAUCUGGGCUUUCUGCCCCAUAUGCCACCUCUCACAACCAUAGCUGCUCUCUGUUCAUUUCUCCAGGUUGGUAUGUUUACACAUCAUAGGAAAAAAGCAUCUCCAGGGUGUGUGAGUAUGCUCUCAAUGGUGCCUCACCAGUAACAACGGUGUCCAGGUUCUAAGAGGAAAAAUGUGUGCUUCACUGUAUUUUCAACACUUAAUUCUUAAUAAAAUAUUCUUUGUACAUAC